AUGUUUGAUUUCUCAGAUAGUAUUAUUCGAAAUAAUUCACAAGAUAAAGAAUUUAAAGGUCCAAUUCAUCAUCUCUUAAGUAAUAAGAUAGUGUUGCAAGAAGGUGAUAUUUAAGCAGGAAGCUUUAAUUCCUUUAUACUUCCAGAAAAUAUGAAAUUGUAAAUCACUCCUCCUCUAACUCCAAAAAACGCAGAAAGAUAAAAAACUUUUAUAGGAAGGAGAUCUGAAUUUCAAUCUGCCUAUGAAGUAGAUGAAGUAGAAUCUGAGAAAGAUAGCAAACCUUAAUUUUUGAGAUUAAUCAUUGCAAAAAGUUUAUAAAAUAACUUCAUUAAUAACCUUUGGAAUAGAUCCUAUUUAAGGAAACUAUAUCAAUUAUCUCAUUAUUAAAUUGAAUAAUUAGAUGAUUUAUAAUUUGAAUAGGAUGGGUUUUCAAAUAUAAAUUAUCCAAAUUAGAAAUCCUUAAUUAAAUCUCUAGUUUUAUGUAACCUAAUUGAUGUAUUUACUCCAUAUAGUAAAUUCAUAGUGAUUUGGGAUGUCUUCCAAAUUCUUACUUAUAUUAUGAUUUUCUUUUGGUUACCUUACAAAAUCUCUUUUGAAAUAUAUUACAUAAGCGAAUUAUUUAAUGGGGAUAGAGGCAGCAAGAUUAUUGAAAUAGUGCUCCUUUCAAUUUUGUCAUUGGAUGUAGUAGUUGGACUUAAUUUGGCAUUUAUUCAUAAGGGAUAAAUUAUCAAAGAUAGAAAAAGAGUAAUAAUCAAUUAUUUCAAUUAAUACGCAUUUGUAGAUUUAGUAAUUAUAACAUUUUAUUUAUGGUCUCAUUAUCCACAGUUUCAGCUUAAUUCUUUAUUCCAUACCUUAGUUCAAAAGACAGUAACAUGCUCAUCAUUUAAAUAGUACUGGGUGCAAUAUUCUACAUUCUUAGAAUAACAAAAAUAAAUAAGAUAUUAGCAUAAAUCUAAGAGUAAUAUUAAUUUUAUUUUAUUUAGAUUUUUUAAUCUCAAUGGAUCACUUAAUGAUAUGGUUGGUCUAAUGA